AUGUAUACGAAGAUAUCAUGUCUUGCAGCAAUCGGGAUUGCUUUGCUACCCUCCUGUGUGGUCGGACAGGGAAAGAAAAUUCCCUUCGGUCGCGAUGUGCAAAUACUAGCAGAGCUCGGAAUAGAGCCGGAUAUCGACCGUCCCGAGCACGCGACUGUGCAUUCAGCCAUUUCACACUCGGCAAUGUUGACGGUAAAAGACGAGUACAUCACGAUCCCAAUCGAUCACACCAAUUCGUCGGCGGGUACAUACAAGAAUCGAUUCUGGGUUAGCGACGAGUUCUACCAAGCUGGGAAACCGAUCUUGGUGUACGACGCUGGAGAGACAGACGCAGCAUCCGUCGCUGGGGCGCACCUCACGUCAUCGUUAUCAUUCUUCAGAUCAACCCUGCAGGAGUUCAAUGCCAUGGGCAUUGUUUGGGAGCACAGAUAUUAUGGCAAAUCGACUCCAUUCCCUGUGAAUUAUAAUACCCCACCAGAGCAUUAUAAAUACCUCACAACCAAGCAAGCGCUUGCAGACAUCCCGUAUUUUGCACAGAAUUUCAGUCGGAAAAGCCAUCCUGACGUCGAUCUCACGCCAAAAGGUACCCCCUGGAUAAUGAUCGGUGGCUCAUAUGCCGGGAUCCGUGCGUCCUUGACUCGUAACGAAUACCCGGAUACCAUCUAUGCUGCCUGGUCCUCCUCAGCACCAAUACAAGCCGAAGUGAACAUGACAAACUAUUUUGACCAAGUCCACCGGGGAUUAGUAGCGAGUGGGUGGACUAACUGCACCAAGGAUAUACGUGCCGGGCUAGAAUAUAUCGACGAACAGCUAUCGAGCAAUGAGACAGCAGGGGCGAUGAUGCAGCUGUUUCUCGGGCCGGGAGCCGAGAAGAACACAAACGGGGACUUCACGGCGGCUUUAGUGGCCAUGUACGGGAGCUUCCAGUCGUACGGGAUGAAUGGAGGUUCAGCAGGGCUGGGGGCGUUCUGCGAGUACAUGGAAACCGAUCCGAACACCAACCAAAGUGCCGGUCCCGACGGAUUGGCCCCGACGUACGGCAAGCAAUAUGUGGCGGAGCGCUGGGCGGCUUGGCCUGUGCUAACCGCCUUGGUCAACCAGAAUAUGGACACCAAUUGUAGGGGCCUGAAUUCAAGCCUCGCACAGGAAUGCGAUUUGAGCAAGCCGUAUGGCGACCCUUCGGCCAUCAGCUGGACCUGGCAGUACUGCACAGAAUGGGGGUUUUACCAGGCUAACAACGCAGGUCCUCAUGCGCUGCUCUCAAGUUACCAGACACUUGAGUAUCAGCAAUAUAUCUGCAAUCGGCAGUUCCCCGACGCCAUCAAGAAGGGGCUAUUACCGCCUCAGCCUCUGACGGACCAGACCAACCGGGACUUUGGCGGAUGGUCCAUCCGCCCAUCGAACACCUACACUAGUGGAGGAGAAUUCGAUCCGUGGCGGACAUUGUCCGUUCUCUCGACAGAGGACACGGCGCCCCAAGGCAUUCGGAUUUCAAACGAUAUCCCGCCCUGUGGGGUAAAGACCAAUGAAGAUACGGUCUUUGGAUACCUCAUGGAGAACUCAGAGCAUUGUUUCGACUUUCAGAUGCUCCCCACGGCGGGAAAACUGUCACGCGGACUGUUCACCUCGGCGCUGUUGCAGUGGCUACAGUGCUUCGGAACAGGAGCGGGGACGUCGCCCAAGAGUUGA